AGGUUAUUUACCUACGUAUCACGAGAAAGCAUAGAAACAACCUCUUUAUUUCUCCAUGAAGCUCUAGCCAAAGUAUAGGUGUCUACGGCUAUACAUUCUGAUGUUGUUCUUCGUAGUGCACGUCUUACGUGGAUUCUGAUAAAGCAUCCGUUCAUUUUAUAGCCUUCCUGAUUUCAUGCUGCUGCCACACAGCCCGAACUUCUAUAUUGCAAACAACUCGCUCUAUCGCCUAACCUCAGGAUGAGAAGCAAUCACAUAUGACAGUCUAGCACAUAUCGUUGAUAUCAAGCCAUACAAUGUCGUUCACACUAUCUGAAGUUCAAGUCGCAGAUGCUGAGAGUCUGAUCCGAAGAUGCGAUUUCCCUGCCAUCCAGGACGAUCCGCUCCAUCGUAUCAUGUUUCCCCGCUCGCGCCCGGACAACUGGGAAAGCGAAAUACGAUGGAUGGCGAAUAACUUGAAGAACACGUUGGAAAGGGGGCGGUCCAACUUUCGUAAGGUCUGUGCUGAAGAUGGAACCCCUGUUGGAUUUGCUGGCUGGGCCUUGGAACAGAGCGACACUCCUCAAGGUGUUAAGGCCCAGAGCAACGAAAAGAAAGAUGGCAGUACCAUUCCGGACCCAGAUACUCUAGAUAUGAAUGCCUGGCUAGAAACCUCGAAGAUGCUGAGAGAAGAGAAAAGACGAAUAUUACAUGGCCGUAAGAAUAUUUGGCGGCUUAUGAUUAUAUCGGUAGAUCCAGCCUACCAGCGCCAAGGUGUAGGAUCUAUGCUCAUGCAGUGGGGAUGUGAAGAGGCAGACCGAAACGAAAGAGAUGCAUUUGUGCUAGCUUCGCCGGCCGCAGUCCGCUUAUACACAAAGUUCGGUUUCGAGGUUGUCGGCAAAGUAGAAACAACAGAAGGUACAUUUCGCAGCAUGUUUAGAAAGGUGCAGAAGCAGGCAUGAAAUUUUGAGUCGUAACUACCUAGCUACCUAAGUACCUGGGUAGGUACCUACCAUAACCCAACUGUGAAG